CAAAAAGCCCUAGCUCAUUCCUUCAACACUCAAGUUAUCUCCCUCUAGUCGGAGGAGCAGCCGCACCGGAGAAAGAAAAAAACGCACCAUUCAUUCAUAGGCGGCGAUCACAGCCACCGGAAGCUCGUCGUGCACCACCCUCUAUUACCGGUGUUCUGCCAUCUCCGUUGAACGAAGCUUACGAGACUGUGGCUGAGGCUGUGCAAAAUCUAAUCAUGGCAGAACCAGAAGACAACCUUCAAUCCUCACCUAUGGUUGAAACAGAGAACAACAAAAAGAAGAAGGAGAAGAAGAACAAGCACGACAAGAAAAGACCUCGAGAUGUUGCUAACGAGGAGCACGCAGAAGAAGAAGAGGAGCAGAUUGGGAAUAACAGUGACAGGGAUGGAGAAUCGUCAAAGAAGAAGAAGAAGAAGAAGCAUAAAGUGGAAGUGGAAGAGAGAAAGGAGAAGAACAAUUCUGGGUCUGGAAUUAUGAGCACUGAAUCCUUUGCUUCUCUGGAGUUGUCUGAACCUACUUCUAAGGCCAUUGCAGACAUGGGAUUUCAGUUCAUGACUCAGAUUCAAGCUAGAGCAAUUCCACCACUUCUUACUGGAAAAGAUGUUCUUGGGGCUGCAAGGACCGGUUCUGGAAAAACUCUUGCAUUUUUAAUUCCUGCUGUGGAGCUUUUGUACAAGCUUAAGUUCACGCCUCGUGAUGGAGCUGGUGUCGUUGUGAUAUGCCCAACUAGAGAGCUUGCAAUGCAGACACAUGCGGUGGCCAUGGAGCUUCUCAAGUAUCAUUCACUAACUCAUGGAAUUGUUAUGGGAGGUUCAGCUAGAAGAGCUGAAGCUGAAACCAUCGCCAGAGGGGUAAACCUAUUGAUAGCAACUCCUGGUCGGCUUCUAGAUCACCUUCAAAAUACAAAGAGGUUCAUACAUAAUAACUUGAAGUGCCUUAUGAUUGAUGAAGCUGACAGGAUAUUAGAAGCAAACUUUGAGGAUGAAAUGAAGCAGAUUAUUAAGAUCCUCCCAAAGAACAGGCAAACAGCUUUAUUUUCAGCUACACAAACAAAGAAGGUUGAGGAUCUUGCCCGUUUGUCCUUUCAGACCACUCCUAUCUAUAUUGAUGUAGAUGAUGGGAGAAACAAGGUCACAAAUGAAGGAUUGCAGCAGGGCUAUGUUGUUGUUCCCUGUGCCAAACGAUUUACCGUUCUCUAUUCCUUCUUGAAAAGGAAUAAGUCGAAAAAAGUGAUGGUCUUUUUAUCUUCAUGCAACUCUGUGAAAUUCCAUGCGGACCUUCUUAAUCUCAUUCAUAUGAAUUGCUCAAGUAUUCAUGGAAAACAAAAGCAGCAGGCCCGGACAACUACAUUUUUUGACUUCUGCAAAGCAGAAACAGGGAUCUUGCUAUGUACUGAUGUUGCCGCUCGUGGACUUGACAUACCUGCCGUGGACUGGAUUGUGCAAUAUGACCCACCCGAUGAACCAAAGGAAUAUAUCCACAGGGUUGGUAGAACAGCUCGUGGGGAAGGUGGAAAAGGAAAUGCCUUGCUUUUCCUGAUUCCUGAAGAGCUGCAAUUUCUUCGCUACCUGAAGGAAGCUAAGGUCCCAGUGAAAGAAUAUGCAUAUGAUGAAAAGAAGGUGGCAAAUGUACAGUCUCACAUGGAGAAUUUGGUAGCCAACAAUUAUUAUUUGAACAAGAUGGCCAAAGAAGCUUAUAGAUCAUACAUAUUAGCAUACGAUUCACAUUCCAUGAAGGAUAUAUUCAACGUUCACAGUCUUGAUUUGCAGGCCGUUGCUGCUUCAUUCUGUUUUUCAAACCCACCAAAAGUGAGUCUGAACAUUAACGGCAGUAAGAAAAGGAAGAAAAUGCGUCAAGUUGAUGGAAGUAAACAUGGAUUCGGCCACAACAAUCCUUAUGGAAGCAGGGGAAAUGCUGACGAUCAGCGGCAGUUUGUGAGGUAUUAGCAGUGGACAUGCCACUUAUUAGAAUACACAACGGGUGUUAUUUCAUGCACCAGCAAAUAGCACCCCCAAUUUUUGAGUCAGAUUUUGUUUAUUUGUCUCUUUAGUCACAUUAAUCAAACAAUAAGUUAACUAUUUUGUUGUUGUAAGCUCACUCAUUAAUUAAUCUUCAGAAAUAGCGUUUGAAAAGAAAUGGUGGAGAACUGGAGACAUUAUAUAGUAUAAAGAUAAGAUUAAACUUGAGAUAUGUUUGAAAUAUAUUAAUUUUGUUUAUAA